AUCGAAUGUAAUUUUCUCUAAUUAAUAAGCAUUUAAGUCAACCUUGUCCAUGUACCUUUACCCCAAAAAAUGGACAGCGAUUCUCCGAGUCCUCCGUCCGACGCGGCCACCAGCAUUCCUCUCACCACCACCACCGCCAACGACGCCUUUUCAUCCCGACGAAGAUUAGAAUGGCCCACUAUUGACGGGCCGCUUGGCCUCUGCCACGAAGACUCUCUACCCUAUGCCAGGAGGUUCUUCAAGUUGGGAUUCUUAUGCCUGCCUUUCCUUUGGGCCCUCAAUUGCUAUUACUUCUGGCCCGUCCUUCGCUAUCCUCAUUCUCGUCACUCGCAUCCCGUCCUCCGCCGUUAUCUUGUUGGAUCCGCAAUUGGUUUCCUCAUUUUCAUGACUAUCCUUUCUUCAUGGGCUCUUACCUUUGCCAUCGGAGGUGAAAGACUGCUUGGCCAUGCUUGGGAGGAACUUGUGAUGUUCAAUGUGGCUGACAAGUAUGGAUUAACGGGAUGGAUCUAGUGCUACUAUAUCUAUUUGCUAUAUGCAAGAACAUACUAUGAUUUUAUUAUGAAGGAUUUGGGAUGUUAUGUUUGGCUUCUAAAUUUACUUACGCAAGCAAGCGCAGUUGUCCUGGACUCCUUGUUCAUCUCUAUGAUAUUUGUAGACAUUGAAAUUUUAAUAUUUUAUUAAUUAGUGUCUUUAUUUAUUUUGGGACAUAAAUCUAAGAUAAAUAAGAUAUUUAAUUAAUAAAGCUAUAAUUUCUUGGCCACUAAAUCAAAUUUUAAGAUUAUGAA